ACAUAGCUGCUCGGCGCGGAGGGAAAGACUCGCUCAGACUCACCGCUCAUCGUCAUGGCGACGUCGUCCAAGUCGUCGGGGAGCUGCACCAAGGUGGCGCUGGCGCUGUUGGCGCUGUGGUCCGUCGUCUCGCUGGUGGUCAUCGUGGUGUGGUCCACGUCUCCGGACCUGAAGGGCUCGGCCCGCUGCCGCCAGGAGCUGCAGGAGAACACGGAGAAGUUGGAGGGGGCCAAGGUGGUGUGGGGCAAGAACAAGGAGGCGCUGGAGGAGCAGCUGGAGGAGGCCAGGCGCCAGCAAAAGCUCCAGGAGGUCCGCGUGGCCGCGCUCCUGGGACGACUCGACGCCGCCAACGCCACUCUGGAGGCCUGCCGUGGCCAGAAGGCCGUCCUCCUGGCCAACAUCAGCAUGCUGCAGGAAGAGGCGGAGCAUCUGAUGCAGGCACAGGUCAACCUGACAGUCCAGCUACAGCAUCAAGAAGAGCUGGCGGAGGCGUUGCAGCACAACCUGACUCAGGCCGACCACCGCACCGAGGCGUGCGUCAGCCUCAAGCAGGCCGCCGACAGCCUCGUCACGGCGGCGCAGGCGCAGACGCGUGCCUGCGAGUCCAACCAGCAGUACCUGCACAAACAGCUUCUUAAGUGUAAAGAGGCGGAAUCAAAAGCACCCGCGCCGCCACAGACGCAGAAGGACCCGGUCAACUCCAACGCCAUGUCGCUCGCCGCCAUGCCGGCUGUGACGCUGCUGGCGUUCUGCGCCCGCCUCCUGAUGACAUGAGGGGCAUAAGCAGCAACGACAUGACAGCGAACACUGAGGUCCAGGACGAGGGCGGAGCCUGGAGAGACUGCUGUACACAACACACACGCACACCCCCGCGCACACACACACACACCCACCAGGCCGAGGAGACGUGUUGCUGCUCGCAACUUCCUGCUUGCUAACCUGCAGAGACACUUUGCUGCCACCAGAGACCGUGUUACGUCAUGAACUCGGGCUCAGGUUUAUUAACAGAUCAAUCAAAUGUAUUGACGCAUGUGCCACAGUGACUGUACAGUGCCUCUAGUGGCCUCACCGAGUAUUACAACACUAGACCAAAGCUGUAAACAUUACGUUGGCGUUCAGUCUGUCAUUAAUCACUGAUUGUAACUUUUUAUUCAAACAAGACUUUUAAUGCUUUAUUUCGAAACGCACCAUUUUAACUUUUUAUUAAAACAAGACACUAAGUUUGCUUCAUGAGACUUUUUUAAUGCUUUAUUUUGAAACGCAUGGUGCCGCUUUUUUCCCAUCAUGCACUUUGUUUUGUAACUAAUGAAAAUGAAUGAUUAGACAUUGCAGACAGUGAUCUUAUGCAUAUAGAUGCGGUGACAAAUAAACGUUUUGAACACUUCUGACUUGUUUUUUUGUGAGGUCUGUCAAGGUUUGAUUGACAGCAGUCACUCGAAAUGUUUUUUUUUUUUUUAGUGAUAAGCUAAAGUAGUUUCUCUUCAAAUAAAUAAGAUCAUGUCCUUGAUUAGCUUUGCUGCACUUUACCCACACUAACUUUGCAAGACUCAAUGAAGAUUUAAAAAAAAAGUUUUUCGCGUAAAUGUGAUAUUACUAAAGUGUAGUACUGUACAAUAAAAAUACUAAUUGGUAGCUAGCUAUCAAGCUAGCUCGCCAGCCGUUUACAGUAUUAACAAACGACCAAAAAUGAGUUUCUUUGGCAAGGUAACUUUUUAUCCACAAAAACAAACUUGUGUGAAAUGUCGACAUACAACAAUAUAAAACCUUACCGUCCUCCGAAGAAGAUUGUUUGUCACUUUAUCCGUGGCGAUGGCACCUGCUUCCACCAGCUGUUGGAAGGGAGACUCCAUUUCCGGUUUGCCCCACUCACAAAUAAAAGCUUUAAUCGCCUCAACUUCCGCCCUACUUCAGUAUAAAACUCGUCAUCACGUGACUGAUAUCGUUUGAAACGACAAUAACAAAUA